UCUUCGAGGCAGAUGCAGAGCCUGCGAUAGUGCAAGUCUAUAGUAGUAUGUCAAGAGCAGUGUCGCACGUGUUCACGAACAUUUGGCGAGGUUGACAGUGAUCAUCCUUGAUCCCGGGCAUCAUUCUUGCACGAACAUGGUGGACGUUACAACGGCACUGCCGUCGAACGGAGGCGGGUCGUUAAUUGGACGCACCAGAGGUGCUCUCAGAUCCGUGCGCUCUGCUCUGGGAGGAAGCGGGGAGUAUCUUCAGGGCCUAGGGAACAGAAUAGGAUCCGCUCUCAGUAGCAGUUUGGAGGAAAGCGAACUGACCACAACCCCAUCUUCGCCGCCGUCGUCGCCGCAAGCACCGCCGCAGACUGUCAAGCCGGAGGAACAAUUAGCACGGCGAAAACUCAGACUUCCGAAGUUCGGCGUGGGAUUAUCUUACGAGGACUACGAGGCGAUAGCGCGGCACAAAUUGGAGCGGCAGGGCAGCGCGAAUCUUUCCAGAACGCGCAAGUAUCCGCCCGGGAUGACUUACGAAGAAAUAGCGUCUUCGCGAUCGGCCUCGAGCAAGAAGCAGGAAAGCCGGGCGGAGCAGGACGACAUCAGUCCCGAUCGGGACAGCCAGGAAAGUAUAGAGCCUCUUCAGGAGCAAGACAUCAAAGCGAGUGGACCCGAUCCUUAUGAGAAAUUGAAUUACAAAGCAGCGAGGGCACCGACCCGCUAUCAGACGGUUGUUUUCCGUUUAGACAUGCCUUGUAGCAGUGGUUCUACGAGCGAUCAAGACGGAUAUGGACCCAGCACCAGCCUGGAUUCUAACAUGGACGGUCGCAGAAUGUGGCAGAGAUCAGGAUCAUCGGGUUCUGUUCAGUCCUGGGCUUCGAGCUUAUCAGCUGAUAGCCAGUCGGAGGAGGCAGCCGCGGAUUUCAUGAAAACUUUCGUACCUCUGCUAUUCGACGCGCCUAACAGUAUCGACCAGGAGCAAAAGGCCAAUUUUGGACAAAUGGUCCUGACGGAAUCGGGAAGAAUAUGGUUCUCCAGAGUAGUGAAUGCGAGAAGAGCGCGCGCGUGUGUUACAGAAGCUUCGUUCUAUUCCUUGGCUCAACAUUUUGCAGUCGCGUUAUUCGAAUGUCAUGAAGCGGACGACUUUGCGCCUGCUAAAAGUCUCAUGAACAUGUGCUUUACUUUUUAUCACGAAGUGGAAGUUCCUGGGUUAGAGCCAUAUCGUGAAUAUCUGUAUACACAUUUACGCGUUCAACCGAUAUGGACAUCCAUGAGAUUUUGGACGGCCGCUUUCUUCGACGCGGUUCAAUGUGAACGUGCGUCAAGACCAGUACCACCUCGACCAAAAUCUUUAGAUCAGCAAAGCAUUGCCGCCGAAGAUCGCAAGUUUCAAGCAAACAUUGUCUUUGGACAGUUAGGGACCUUUACUUGCAAUAUGCAUGCUUUCGGCCUGUCACGAGCUUUAUGCACAGAGUUCCUCCGGAAACAAUGUAUUAUCGCGAAUUUAACCAAAGAACAAGAGAAGAUGCUGCGAGACAAUAUAGAUCGGAUGUUUGACGAGACCGAGCCAUGGAGGUAGUUUAGUUUAAGCGAGAUAAAAUCGACUUCGGAAAUCAUUUUAAGGAAGUAAUUCAGUAUUUCUUCUUAACAAUGUUUCCGACAAAAUCGAAUUGGUUUUGGACGCCGAAAAAGCGGCGAGGUCAAUUAAUUGCGUUAAUGUUGUUGAUGUAAAUUGAUAUCUGCUGAAUCAUUCGACAUUGGACACGUCAACUCCGAAGAUGCAAACACUGCGCCUUAAAUCGCGAAGAAUGUGUUGUGUCUUGCUAAUAAUAGAUUUGUGUUUCUCAUACGAAAUAUUUUGAGAAAUUCACAUUAAGAAAUUAAUCCUAAUAAUGCUAACAGAAAUGAGGAAAAGUUAAACUUUGAAAUUUGUUUUCGACAAUCUCAAAUUUUGGAACAAAAUGUUAAAUUUCACAUUGCGAUGAUAAAGUUAAGGAGAAAUGACAAUAAGUUUGAAAAUGGAACUGCAUUAUUGGCAGUUCAUUCGAAAUGAGGUUUAUUGAGUGCAAUUUACUAUAAUAUGAAGAAUGAAAGGGAAGAAAUGAUCUUAUUAAUAAAUAGCAUCUGAUUCGUGUUUUCACGAUCUGAUUUGUGAUUCUCAAUAUGUAAAGAUUUAUUUUAUAAAAUUUCCAAUUUAACAAUUUAUACAAGCAUUUCAAUUCUUAUUUCACAGUUUAUGCGACUAUUUAUAAUUUUGUUUGCUAUAUGUGUUAUUGUAAAAUUUAUUAAAAUAAAAUAGUUUUCACAUAUUGAGAAUCAGCGGUAAAAUAAAGGUAAAAUUAGCAGUUCAUCUUGCUCUUUUUACAGUCUAAAAUUAGUGACUAUAAGACAAAAAAAAAGACGAAUUAUAAACAGAUACUAUUUCAUAUAUUCAUCGCAUUCUUCCUGCAUAAAGCAAAAAAAAAAAUGUAUAAAUUCUCAUGCGUUAUAUGUAUAACUUUGCGUUAAUUUAGUGAUUUCUAACUUUGAAGAUUAUCAUGCAAUCCGAUAUGCAUUUUGCAUUCCGAUAUUUUAUUAUCAUGCAUCAUGCAAUGUGUAAAUAAUUUAAAGGAAAAAGCUUGUACGACACACAUAUCAUCAAAUGCAAAUCCAUGCUAUAUUUUAUUUUAUAUAUGUCUAUCUGCGAUAUCUGCCAAUAUGAAAUGAUAACCGCAGCAAAUAUUAAACUAAAUAAAGGAACUUGCACGAAAUAUAUA